AUGGUUAAAAAGGCAGUCCAGAAGGCUAUGAAGAAUCUUAAGGGAAGCGAAAGCAAAUCCACAUUCUCUUCUCUUAGCAACGACACCGAGACUGUUGCCAUUAUCAACAAGUUGAGAGAUGUAAAAGAAAUCACUCUCGCAGUGCUCGAAUCUCUACUGUCCUUCAUCUGUGGGCCAAAGUCAAAGCCAGGCAGCUGGUCAUUGGUUUCUAAGAUGAUUCCCCCCAAAAAAAUUGCCUGCGAGGAAGAAACCGAGGCAAAUGAAUUUGCACAAGUCGAUGCUGUACUGCAUAAGACAAGCAAAUCUGAUAACGCACAGAACCAGCUUGAGAAGCUGGAGUCAUGCAUUCAAGAUCCUAAAUCACUAAAUCACUAG